UUAUUGUGAAGGUUCACAUGGGAAGCAGGAAGUGAAGAACAGGAAGCGGGGAGUUGAGUUCAGAGCGAUUCACUGGACUCUCUUAGUCUGUUAAAAUGAGCUCCAUUGGGACCGGGUAUGACCUGUCGGCCUCCACCUUCUCUCCAGAUGGCCGAGUGUUUCAGGUGGAAUACGCCAUGAAGGCCGUAGAAAACAGCAGCACGGCCAUCGGUAUCCGCUGUAAGGACGGUGUUGUGUUCGGGGUGGAGAAGCUGGUUCUGUCCAAACUGUACGAAGAGGGCUCCAACAAACGCAUCUUCAACAUCGACAGACACGUCGGCAUGGCGGUCGCCGGCCUGUUGGCUGAUGCUCGAUCACUCGCUGAAGUCGCCAGAGAAGAAGCCUCCAACUUCAGAUCAAACUAUGGACACGACAUCCCCCUGAAGCACCUGUCGGACAGAGUGGCCAUGUACGUCCACGCCUACACACUGUACAGCGCCGUGAGGCCGUUUGGCUGCAGUUUUAUCCUGGGCUCCCACGACAAAGACGACGGGCCUCAGCUCUACAUGGUCGACCCGUCCGGCAUCUCAUACGGUUACUGGGGCUGUGCCAUCGGAAAAGCAAAACAGGCAGCCAAGACGGAGAUCGAGAAACUGCAGAUGAAAGACAUGACGUGCAGAGAGCUGGUUAAAGAAGUCGCCAAAAUAAUCUACAUCGUUCACGACGAGGUGAAGGACAAAGCGUUUGAGUUGGAGCUCAGCUGGGUCGGAGAAGUAACAAACGGACGACACGAGUUAGUACCCAAAGACGUCCGAGAGGAAGCGGAAAAAUACGCCAAGGAUUCUCUGGAAGAGGAGGACGACUCAGACGAAGACAACAUGUAAACUUUGCCCCAUCCAUCGACUCCACUUCUGCUGACAGCGCUCACACACAUUGUUUUUUUUAUAGUUCAUAAACGUUCAUGUCGGUUGUUUUUCUUUUUGGUUGGAUGAAUUUCAGCUUUGGAAAUUAAAAAGAAAAAAACAACAAAAAACAAAGAAAAUUUUA